AUGCUGGGAGGAGACCUCUCCUUGAGAGACGGGAUGUACGCGGCCAUGGUUCGUGCCACGUUGCUCGAGGGCACAGUGUACGUAGUCGAAGUUGAUUCCCGGGUUGUCACCCUCGCACUAUGGUUUCGCCAGCCGAUGGGUCUAUUCAAGACCGAGGCGCAACGAGAACUCGGCUUCAACGAGUGGUUCGCAAAGCUUCCCGUGAAUCUCCAGCGUUGGUGGACUGAAGACAAAUCAGAAGCCUACCAAAAGACGAUCAUCAGCCAAGAGGAACUGGAUAAGAUGUGGUUCUGUAACCUCAUGGUCACCGACAAAGCAGAGCAUAACAAGGGUCAUGCGACGUUCGUGAUGGACCAGCUCACGGCCAAGGCUCGCGCGUCCGGAGAGAUCCUGGGCGUGUGCACGGCCAACGAGGUGAAUGUGCCGAAGUACAAAGCCAUGGGUUUCGAGGAGCGCGGUCGUCUCACUGCGCACCGUCAUAAACGAGGUCACGAAUAUAUGGUUCAUCAAGGAAUAGAUCAGAAGGUGUACGUGUUCUGA